UUGUACACGACAGUUAUGUUUGUGUUUCAUUGCCAUCUUCACAGUAUUUGCAAAUUUGGUUUAGUGCCUUAAAAAGCCAGAAAGUUUUAGUGCAGCAAACAUUAAUAGUCUCAACACAGCACAUCUGAUUCUGAUGGAGAACCUUUGUUUCGACCCAUAAUCACCAACGUAAAACAGUAACCUCUCACUCUCUGACACACCACACACAGACUAUAUUUCAUCAUUUGCAUGGUUUCGCCAGAUUCUGCCCUUCUUCUCACUUUUACAUGCAACAAUUAAGAGUUUAUCUGGUUCUUUGAGACAUUCAAAUUUUUUUUUUCCAAUUUUAUGCACUGAAUUAUAUUAUUUUUCCCUCAUAAAGUGGAAAGGAAAUGUAGACACGGUUCAUGGGAACGACACAUAUAUGUACAGGAGUUGUAUAUGACAAGGAAAGCCUAAUAAGGGUUUCUUGACUUCUUCUGUAUCCUACUUCUGGAAUUUGUUUACUUUCUUUAGUUGUUUUGGUCUUGAUUGCAGAGGUGAGCAAAAUUAAGAAACAAAACGUAAGGGUUUAGUGAAUUCUUUGGGACUGUUUGAAUACUUUGACCGGUGAAUUACUUCGCCAGUAGAUGGGUAAUAUAAUUAAAUCGUUCACUUCUGGUUUCACUCAAGUAAUAAGCAAUCUUUUCACCUCUCCACUCGAUUUUCUUGCUGGAAAAUCUUGCAGUUCAGUUUGUGGGUCAACAUGGGAUUUUAUUUGUUACAUAGAAAAUUUCUGCAUUGCAAGUCUGUUGAAGUUAGCCAUGGUUCUGGCUCUGUUCUACAUAGUGCUCUUAUUCUUCUAUCUCUUGUACAAACUGGGUAUCUGCGAGUGUGUUGCUCGUAGCCUCUGGAAAAUGUUAUGGGCAUGCAUGGUUUCUUGGUUCUCUUUAUGGGAAUACUGUUGCUUUUGCUUGUGUGAUACUCUUACAAUGCUCAAAAGGGUAAGCCAUCACCACACAAAACAGUUCAGUAGUGAUGAGUUUGAUACAAGCGAAGACGACUAUCAUUAUGCACCUAACAGAACCUUGGAGAUGAGGAGAUCACUGUCUGGAGAAAUGAGGGAUUACAGGAGAGUUCAUCACUUGAGGAAAUCUCUGAGGCCAAGAAGUCAUCGGAUUCGAGUAGGAUUUAGCAAAGAAUCAGAGUUUAGUACUUAUGGCAGAAAUUACCUCCUUAAUAAGCAUAGAAAUCAUGGUAGUACAGUCCAUAAUAUUAGGGUGAUUCACUCAUCAAAGUUUGCAAGGAAAGGUACAAAUCUCAGGCCAAAGAUUUAUUCAAGAGUAAGGUGGUGA